GGGAGCUUUGCGCGUAGCAUAUGCCGAGAUUCUGCCGGUGCAGCUCGAGCCCGCUAGUGGAAGGCUCCAGCUGGUGAGGUAAGCUCUCUAUCUCCCAUGAGCAACCACCAUCACCAUCCAAACACCUUUCCGUCAAUAUAAACCGAGCUUUCGAUACCCGACAGACGACGCCCAAGACCGACGAAUUGUCAAGAAAGAAGAAACAUUAACAACAUACAACUCACGAAAAUAGGAUCGGAAUAAAGUUAUUCACAAUGUCUGCCGAAGACGAGCGCCAGGCUGCCCUUAACUCCUACCGCACGAAACUCAUGGAGUCGCGAGAAUGGGAGGCAAAGCUCAAGAAUCUGCGCUUAGAAAUCAAGGACAUGCAGCGAGAGUUUGACAAGACCGAGGACAACAUCAAGGCGCUACAGAGUGUGGGACAGAUCAUCGGCGAGGUACUGAAACAGCUUGAUGACGAACGAUGUGAGGGCGAACAACAUGUGGACUCGUACAAGAUGGACGCAUACUAACGGUUAUACUCGCAGUUAUCGUCAAGGCCUCAUCGGGACCACGAUAUGUUGUCGGAUGCAGAUCAAAGGUCGACAAGGUCAAGCUCAAGCAAGGUACCCGCGUUGCUCUCGACAUGACGACACUCACCAUCAUGCGAAUGCUUCCCCGCGAAGUCGACCCCUUGGUGUACAACAUGUCUCUGGAGGACCCAGGACAAGUCAGCUUUGCUGGUAUCGGUGGACUGAACGAUCAGAUUCGAGAACUUAGAGAAGUCAUCGAGCUUCCCCUCAAGAACCCCGAACUGUUCCUCCGAGUAGGCAUCAAACCUCCCAAGGGUGUCCUGUUGUAUGGCCCUCCCGGAACUGGAAAAACUCUACUGGCACGAGCAGUUGCUAGCAGUCUAGAGACCAACUUCUUGAAGGUUGUUUCUUCCGCUAUUGUCGAUAAAUAUAUUGGAGAAUCUGCAAGACUGAUCCGUGAGAUGUUUGGCUAUGCCAAGGAGCAUGAGCCUUGUAUCAUUUUCAUGGACGAAAUUGAUGCCAUUGGCGGUCGUCGUUUCUCCGAGGGCACCAGUGCUGAUCGUGAAAUUCAACGAACACUCAUGGAGUUGCUCAACCAGCUGGAUGGUUUCGACUAUCUGGGCAAAACCAAGAUCAUCAUGGCAACCAACCGACCUGACACAUUGGACCCUGCGCUUCUUCGUGCUGGUCGACUGGACCGAAAGAUUGAGAUUCCUCUGCCUAACGAGGUCGGACGCCUCGAGAUUCUCAAGAUUCACUCACAAAGCGUGGUAGUCGAUGGAGACCUUGAUUUCGAAAGUGUGGUGAAGAUGAGUGACGGGCUCAACGGUGCUGAUUUGCGAAAUGUGGUUACUGAAGCCGGUCUAUUUGCUAUCAAGGACUACCGAGACUCGAUCAAUCAGGACGAUUUCAACAAGGCUGUUCGCAAGGUCGCAGAAUCCAAGAAGUUGGAGGGCAAGCUUGAGUACCAGAAGCUGUAAGCGGCGGAAGGGUGUGUCAUGCCAGACCAAGAUGGAUAGACAUAACAGCGGAAAGGUGCACGGAAACCCAAGGACGAUGGAAGUUGAUGGGUCCAGCGUUGCUAGGUAAUCCGUGUGAGACUGUACAAUAGAGUCAGGGCAAACAGCGAUAGAUUAGCUCAGCCCCAGAAGCAGGAAUGUACAUGGCGUCCAGGAAAAGCAGGAAAGUUUCUUGCGACUAUCACAAUACAUGUUUGACGAGCGUGAGAUUCAUAUGCCAAUGCCUGCAACGUAA